CCUUCUCUUCCUCCUCUCUCCGUCCUGUUUUCCAUUCUUCUUUUUUUCUCUCUCUGCAGAAUAACAGGAGGCCAUUUGUGUUUUCUGUGUGUUCGUUUUCUCUUCUUCACACCCAGAGAGCGAGAGAGAGAGAGAGGGAUUGUGCGAGUUAAGGAAUGCAGAGGCUGUGAGUUUCAGCCAUGCGCUUUCUGUGAGCUGAUUGGAUUUUUUUUGUGUGCUCAAUUGAAAAUCGAAGUGUGAGCAUUUGGUGCACCCACCCAGCUGCUGUUUUUGUUCUCCUGGAGGACAGGGUUGCAGGACUGAUCCGUGAUUCGAGAGCCGGAGUGAAGGAAGGUGAAUGAGUAGUUCUGAGACCUGAAGGUGUUUAAAGGGUUUCUUUUUGGUGCUUGACCAUGGGAAACAACGAGGAGGGGAAGUCGUCCUCCAAGUCUGAAAAAUCAUCUUCACCUCCUCCUACUGCGCCAGCGGAGCAAACUAAUAUCCAUGUGUAUCCUGACUGGGCAGCUAUGCAGGCUUAUUAUGGCCCUCGAGUUGCUCUUCCUCCAUAUUACAACUCACCUAUGGCAUCAGGUCAUCCCCCUCAUCCAUAUAUGUGGGGUCCGCCACAGCAUAUGAUGCCGCAUUAUGGAGCCCCUUAUGCAGCUAUCUACUCGGGAGGAGUAUAUGCCCAUCCAGCUGUUCCAAUUGGAUCACAUCCACAUGCUCCCGGCGUUCAGUCAUCACCUACUGUUGCAGCACCUCCGAGUGUUGAAACUCCAACAAAGUCUUCAGGCAACACUGAUCAAAGUCUGAUGAAGAAGCUGAAAGGAUUUGAUGGGCUCGCCAUGUCCAUUGGAAAUGGUAAUGGUACUGCUGAGAGUGCUGAUGGUGGUGACCACAGGAUGUCCCAGAGUGCGGAGACUGAAGGCUCAAGUGACGGGAGCGACGGGAAUACUGCUGGGGGAAGAAAGAGAAGUCACGAGGGGACUCCUACAAUUGGGGGAGACUUGAAAACUGAAUCCCAUGCGACAGAUGGUAGCAAUUCUUCUGAUAAGGGAGGGGUUGUAACUGCUGCAUCAUCAGGAAGGUCAGCUGGGCCUCCUGUUGGCAUGACAUCAUUGGACCUGAGAAAUUCUGCUGGCGUUCCACAACCUUGUACAGUGGUGCCAUCUGAGGCUUGGUUACAGUACCCAGCCGCGAAUCCGAAUGAAAGAGAACUGAAACGUGAGAGAAGGAAACAGUCCAAUCGAGAAUCUGCUAGGAGAUCAAGACUACGAAAGCAGGCUGAGACUGAGGAACUUGCACGUAAAGUCGAUGCCUUGAACAACGAGAAUAUGGCGCUGAAGUCCGAGAUAACUCAACUGAAGGAGAAGUCGGAUCAACUAAAAGUAGAGAAUGCAACACUAGUGGAGAAGCUAAAGAAUACGCAAUCAGGACAGGCACAGGAGAUAGCUUUGAACAAUGUGGAGGAGCCGAGGGGCACGGCUGAUAGUACAGAGAACUUGCUGUCGAGGGUAAAUAAUUCUUCAGCAGCUUGUGUAGCGGAAGAGGGAAAUGCUGCAGAGGAUGGGAACCCGAAAUCGGGUGCUAAGCUGCGCCAGCUGCUGGAUGCGAGUCCCAGGGCCGCCGAUGCUGUGCCUGCUGGUUGAUGAACACAGCCAGCCCCAUCCCAGACAGGUUCAUAUCCUCUUUUAUCUGUAGAAUUCGAUCUCACCUAUUUUUCGUUUUCAUUUUUCGAACGACUCUUUCCGAGGGGCAGAAGCAACCAAGAUAAUUCUGGCAUAAUUACAAGCCCAGAAUUAUUGCUGAGGGGUUGGCAGUAGAGAUGGAGUUAGAUGAACAGUAUGUUUCCGAGACUGAAGAAGUUUGGGGAUUUCACUUUGUAAGCUAACGCUACCGCUGCAGCGCUGUUAGAGAAACUAAUGUAAUUUUUAUUGAGAGUGGUGAGAGAUAAGGAAGGGGAGAGAGAUGAUUACUAUUAUUAUUAUUAGUGACCAUUGAGGAGUGGUUGUACAUUUGAAGCGAACCAACUGGCAUGGCCACCUUUGACGACCAUUUGUGCCAUCUGUGAACUUGCCACCGGUUAAUGCUUUCACUGGAUGAGCAGAUGGUAGAUUACUGGGUAUCUGGUGUUUCCCCGUAUUUGUAUAAACUCUAUUAGAUUUGGUGGGAAUCAGUUUAUUAGAUUGAGGUUGAUCUUAUUUGGAAUAAGUCACUCUGUAUCUUGUAGUUUUCCCCGUCUUCUAUUGCGGUUUGUUAAUCGGUUAUCCUUUGUUCGGUUGUGAUUGUGGUU